AUUAAAACGCAUUUGUACACCUGAAUAAAAUAAAAGCACGUAACAAGCUUAUUGCAAUCCAAGACAAACAUUUGACAAAACGAACACACAAAGCUGGCUCAAAAGUCAUUGUGCACCAUUUGAACCAAAAACAAUGUUUAUUGUCCGGAUUAAACAUGAGAAACGAGGCCAGCGUUACUUUAGCAUGAAGAUUUGCUAAUAAUACAACUACUUCUCUUUUCAAUCUGAGAGGUAGUGAAGCGGUCUUAACGUCAAGAUGCAGAGCCUCGGAGUAUCUGUUACGUUUCUGGAGAGUUUUAUUCGGGAAAGCUUAACAGUUAUCAGACCGAAGACCGAGGAGGGUUCCCAACCUGUAUUGAGUGAGGCAGCCAGCAUGAAUGAGCCCAGAGAUCAAGGGGUGAAGGAACCAGUGCACAUGAACAUGUUUGAGCUGAUCGAGAAAGUUGUGAAGCCUCAGACAGCGACGAAACAAUCGCGGUUUGUUGAGCUACACCACGGAAAGGUCGACCCUGGUGGGAAACCAUAUGUCAAAGAGGCCAACAUAUUCGUGUCUUACCCAUGGAGUGCCGAUGUCAUAGAAGUUAUGCAAUGCCUGCUAGACUUCGCCGCACGAAACCCUCUAGGAGCGGGAAAAGAGUGCUACUUCUGGAUGGACUGUUUUGUCAUCAAUCAGCACUCCGUCAAAACCAAUAUGAGCCCAGAUAGCCUCGAGGACUACAUGGACAAAACCAUCCGAGGAUGCGGACACAUGGUGCAAGUACUCACCAAGUGGACGUCUCCGGUUGCUUUCAAACGCCUCUGGUGUGUUUUUGAAUGCUUCAUCGCCGAAAAAUGCGCAAUACCAGUUUUCUUCGUACAGCCCCAAGAGGAAGAAAAACUAUUGAUUAGGUGCCUCCUCGAAAAAGGCAUUGGUUCAUCGAACCCUAUUGCUAACCAGUACUUCAAAGUGGACUCCCGAAAAGCAGCUGCAACUCUAGCAGAUGACAAAAAGGUCCUUGAGGAUGCCAUUGAAAUGUACAUCGGGUAUGGAAAACUGAACGAAGUCAUCAAACAACAAUUGCGCAACUAUCUGACAGACACUUUAAAACGAACAAUUGCAGAUGAAAAAGAAAUAAACGAGGAUCCAGUACAACUGGCGCAUCAUGGGAGCCUGAUUCUCUCUCUUGGCAUUUCAGACACUACCUAUUUGAUAGAUCUGUUCCAGAAAUGUCUCAAGAUGUUUGAAGAAAUGGGAAAAGACCAGUGGAAUCCAGACACUGUCAUGUGCUACACAAACCUCGGUAGCGUUUGCCGCGAGGGCAACUUGACUGACGAGGCACUCCAAUACUUGUUCCAGGCACUCGAAUUAGAGCAAAAACGCAUUGUGGUCGAAAGACGGAAAGUGAGUACGGUUCUGGCCGAUAUCUACUAUCAAAUUGGGGGCACUUACAUUCAGAAAGGCAAGUACAGAGAGGCUUUGGAUGUUCUCUUGAACGCCAAUGAGAUUUACGAGCAGCUAGACGAGGAACCUGAACAGACCAUGAAGACUCAAAGGAAAGUUGCGGCGAUCUACAACAAGAUGGGGUUGUACCAGGUCGCCAAGAAAGUGUUCUCUGACAUAAUUGAGUUUGCAUCUGAUCAAAACUCAAUUCCAGUUGCACUUGCUCGUUUGGAAAUGGCUGAUGUUUUGGUGAACGAAGGAAGUCACUACUUUGGAGCUCUCGAAGUGACAAAGGCUAUAGAGGUCCUUGUCGAAUUCCUUGGGAACGAGUCUACUUUGGUAGUUGAGGCCUACAACAAGAGGGGAGAGAUUUAUAGACAGCAAGGAAAGCUGGAACAAGCCCGAGCAGAUCAACUGAAAGCGCUUGACGCGUUGCAGCACAUAUAUGGAAAAGAUCAUCCCAAAACAGGACGCACGCUGGGAUAUUUGGCGUCGAUCAAGAACUCAAUGGGUGACUUUGAGGGAUCCCUCGAUGGGUUCUUCACUGCACUGGAUGUUCUGAAGGGGUUCAGCACGGAAGACAUGUCAGAGGAGAUUGCGAAAGUUAAUUGCAGCUUGGCAGGAGUCUAUCUCAAAAUGAACAAACACGAUAAUGCAUUGGAAUGCCUAACAACUGCACUCUCGAUAAGGUCAAAAUUAGUGGGCGAGGAGCACCCAGAUGUGUCGCCAAUCUUCUUUGACAUUGCCAAAUGCCAUAUUGGAAUGUUUGAGCGAAAAGAAGCCAUUACAUUUUGCGGGAAAUGUCUCGAAAUUGAGCUGCGGUCUUUAGGAGAUAAACACCCUCAAAUAGGAACUAGCUUUUGUUUGCUGGGCGAUCUGUACAAGGAACAUAAGAAAUACAUUCCAGCAUACGAAGCAUACAACAAUGCUUACCAAAUAUGGUCACACACGUUGAAGCCCAAUCAUCCCCAUUUGGCUAAACUGAAAUCGACCAUUGACGAGACUCUUGUGUUGGUGAACGCAAAAGAGAGAAGACGACAAGAGCUCAUGGAAGCCGCUAAGCCCUCAAUGAGAAGUCAAAUCAAAAUGAGUGGAAUGUUGAAACCUACUGCCCAUUCUGUGUAUUACGCUGUCGCCAAACUGUAUGAUGGCCAUGAGCAUUCAAAAGAAGCCGUUGCAAUGUACCGUAGGUUCCUGAAAAGUGUUCAGUAUGCACUUCCAACCGAGCAUCCCAGAGUUGUUACAGCCAAAAACAGGAUACGAGACAUAAAUCAGCCAGACCUGCAACAGGAAUCUGUGAUGCAAAAGCCACGAUUUUACAAUGAACCUCAGUAAAAAUAUCUUUCACUUACUUUAGUUUGCCUUAAAUUCAUAUAAAUACUUCUGUAGUUUAAACCUAUGUACAAAAAAUUG